AUGGAGACCACUGCCCUCUCUGCAUCAUGGUGCUUGAUGUUGUUGGCGGCGCAUCCAGAAUGGCUAUCUUGUGCUCUCACCGAGGUGCUCGACGUUUGUAGCAACAACCUUCCAGAUGCUGAAAUGCUUCGAAGCAUGAAAACGUUAAACAUGGUGAUUCAGGAGGCACCAGACCUGAAUGUCAAAGGCAUACAAGUACCAAAGGGCAUCAACAUUCAUGUUCCAAUACCAGUAUUACACCAGCACCCUGACCUUUGGGGUGCAGAUGUGCACCGUUUUAACCCGGAACGGUUCACUCAGGGAACCACCGGGGCCUGCAAAUUCCCGCAAGCUUAUAUGCCAUUUGGGGUCGGAACUCGCAUCUGCGCAGGCCAACAUUUUGCCAUGGCAGAGCUGAAGGUGAUUCUAUCUCUCGUUUUGUCGAGGUCGCCUGCUUAUCGACACUCCCCUGUGUUUAGAUUGGUUAUUGAGCCUGAACAUGGAGUUUAUCUCCAUUUCAGAAGAGUGUGAGCUUUUCUAAUUUAUGUUGUUUGAGAAGAUUUGGCAGGGAAAGGUGGUGGGGAAGAAACAUGCUUAUUUCUUUGCCUUUGCUUCUGUAUAUGUAGCAAAGUGACAAAAGGAUUGUGAUUGAUAUUUUAUGUAUGUUGUUUCAGAUAGUGACACGUCAAGUUCGUGUUAA